UCGAGCUGGGCGGAGGAAGGGAAGGGCAGGGCGGUGGUAGAGGACGCGGUCGAUGACGUUCCGGCUGUUAGCGUCAACUCGAGUCGGCGUGGAAUUCUGCUUUAUCCUCCUCAAAGGAGAUAAAAAGAGACAUCUUUUUCGGGGUGGGUGGUUCAGUCCACCUAAAUAGCGCGGUCCAAUUUUUGCCUUGCUCGCCGCCUCAAGCGAGAACGAGUUUGGUCACCCAUCCACGUCGAUCGAAUCUUGUUUCUCCUUCUCCGUUUUGAUUGGAUCUCCCGGUGCCGUCUGCUGAGAUCAGAGUGGCCGGACGAAUUUGGAACCUGCCGACCGCUCCUUGAGGUGGAUCCUUUGCUCCUCGUAUGUUAGGGCUUUUGCUGUGGUUGGGUUGCCUGUAGAUUCUGCUAAGUGAUUCGAUUGUCGCCGCAGUCGAAUAAAAGGCUUUUAGUGAGAUAUUUAGCAGUGGGCUUUUCAUGUUGGUUCGAUGUAGACUUUAGUCGCAAAAUUUUGAUCACAACUGUUCUUGUUUCGAGCCAAAGUUGUUCCUUUCCCCCCCAAAAAUUCAACCUUUCGUGAAAGCCUUGCCUUUCGGGCCAAUUUUGAAGCUGGGUUGCGAUGGCGACGGCAACCAUGGCAACUGCAGCGGGUGCUGCUGCUCUUCUUUACUACACGCUGAAUCGUAGACUACAGGCCACGCGAUCUCAAGAUCAUGGUGAAUGUGAGCAUGGCGACGAUGGAGCCAAGCCUCUUCUUUCUGGGAGGAACCGGGUGUCUCGAAGGCCUGUGCGAGCCCCUGCCACAUGGUUGGAGACGAUAUCAACCCUGUCGGAGACGUUGCGAUUUACUUAUUCUGAGACUUUGGGGAAAUGGCCUAUUGGUGAUCUGGCCUUUGGCAUUAACUUUCUCUUAAAGAGGCAGGGAAACUUGCAUGUGGCAAAAACCUAUGCUGGAAACGGAAGCAUACAGCUUAGAGGAGUUCAAGUUAUCGACGAACUGAAGUACCUUCUGAAUUUGUUAACUCUUUGCUGGCAUUUUUCAAAAAAGCCUUUUCCGUUAUUUUUGGAGGCAACUGGUUAUUCCCAAGAUGAUGUGAUACUUCAGGAACCUAAAGCAGGAAUAUUAAAACCAGCUUUUGCGAUUUUAAUUGACAAAAGCACAAAGUGUAUUCUACUGUUGAUCAGGGGCACUCACAGCAUUCGAGAUACAUUAACAGCUGCAACUGGUGCAGUUGUACCAUUCCAUCAUACAGUUAUGAAUGAAGGUGGUGUCAGUGAUUUAAUUUUAGGGUAUGCACACUGUGGGAUGGUUGCGGCUGCUCGAUGGAUCGCUAAACUUGCUGGUCCAUGUCUUAUGAAGGUGUUGCAUGAGUAUCCAGAGUACCAACUGAAGAUAGUUGGGCACUCGCUUGGUGGUGGUACAGCGGCACUAUUAACAUAUAUUUUGCGGGAGCAGCAGGAUUUUGCAACUACCACCUGUGUGACAUUUGCUCCAGCUGCAUGUAUGACAUGGGAACUGGCAGAAUCAGGCAGACAUUUCAUUACUUCAGUUGUCAAUGGAGCUGAUUUGGUGCCUACAUUCUCAGCUGCCUCUGUAGAUGACUUGCGCUCUGAGGUGACAGCAUCAGCAUGGCUGAAUGACUUGCGAAAUCAAAUUGAGCACACUAGAAUAUUGAGCACUGUUUAUCGUUCAGCAUCUGCACUAGGGUCUCGUCUUCCAUCAAUUGCCACGGCUAGAGCUAGAGUAGCUGGUGCUGGUGCGAUCCUACGUCCAAUAUCUAAUAAAACACAGGUUGUGGUGAAGACAGCCCGCAGUGUGGCUCAGGCUGCAUGGGCUCAACCUCCACUGAGGCUAUCUUCGUGGUCCUGUAUUGGGCCUCGUCAUCGAAGCAAGUCAACUGUUCCAAACUCAAGACUAGAAGAAAGCAUUUCAGGAUCCUCGACCUCAGCAAAAGAAAAUUCCGAGGCUCUUGCCAGUUCAACUGAAACAACCACUUUGGAGAACAUAGAAAUCAUUACUUCUCAGGGUGUAGGGUGGACCACAGAAUAUGAGUGUUCACAAAUCAGUGAAAUAUCUCAUGCUACUGAGGUGGAUGACAAUGAGGACGACAGUGAUAGUGAGGAUCUCAUGGGCCAUGGUAGGAUCGAGGACAGUAUGACCGAGGUUGAGUUGUGGCAGCAACUGGAGAAUGAGUUAUACCGAACUAGGCAGAAUAAAGAUGGUGACUUGGCAAAUGAGAAUGAAGAUGCCGAUUUGGAAAAUGAAAUAAGGGAGGAGCAGAACACCACUGCUGCUGAGGAGAGCAGGGGGACAACGGAAGGCAUGCUGACCGAAACAAAGGAAGUUCAUAGAUUUUACCCCCCUGGAAAAAUCAUGCACGUUGUGCCCAUCCUUCCGGAUGGGACAACCAACCAAGAAGCUCCGAACGACGGCCAUGACGAUGGAAGCCUGCCGGUUGAGCCUAAAUUUGGGAUUUUCUUGACACCAAGGUCACUCUAUGGUAAAUUGAGGCUCUCACAGACGAUGAUAAAUGAUCAUUACAUGCCGAUUUACAGAAGAAACAUUGAGCAAGUAAUCAGUGAGCUCGAGAAAGAUAUUUCCUCAGACAUCUCUGGAGAUGAAACCAUUUUAUAGUAUAUGAUUUCUCUGUGUCCUCAAGUGGCCCCAGGCAAGGUGCCAUACCUUGCUAGGCUGAAUAGGAUCGAAGUAGAGGCUGAAGGUUCUGAAAAUUCUGUAAAUUAGUAGAGAAAAAUUUGCGUUUUUCCCUGUUAUAUAUAAGUUUUUUGUUUAGCCAUCUUUUAUAAUCUGUAUCAUUUGGUGAGUGUUCAUCAUCCAAGGAUAAUACUCAUCAGAGAAUCAAGUAAAAACCUGAAUACACAUUUAUCACAAACAAAGUGUAACCAUUGUAUGCCCGCAA